AGUUCUGUGGGAGACGGAGAGAGAGAAAGGAGAAGGGAAGUGAGAGCGCAAGAAACAGAGUUCUGUGGAAAAAGGAGACGGAAGAGAGAGAGAGAUUGCAGGAGGGAGAAGUGAAGGAAUUUUUGGUGGAUGUGUUUUUUGCUGCCAUGGAAACUCAGUCGGAGGAGAGCCGUGAGCUGAGCCAGGAGAAAAGAGGUUGUCUGGAUUGCUGCAUUAAGUGUCUGGGGGGCGUUCCCUACGCCUCUCUGGUGGCCACCAUCCUGUGCUUCUCCGGAGUGGCUCUUUUCUGUGGCUGUGGUCAUGUGGCCCUGACUGGAACCCUCACCAUCCUGGAGACGCACUUCUCAAAGAUCACAGCUGACCAUGCCAUGCUCACCGACAUAAUCCAGCUGAUGCAGUACGUGAUCUAUGGAAUCGCUUCUUUCUUCUUCCUGUAUGGGAUCAUCCUGCUGGCUGAGGGUUUCUACACUACCAGCGCUGUCAAAGAGCUCCACAGCGAGUUCAAGACCACCAUCUGUGGCCGCUGCAUCAGCGCAAUGUUUGUGUUUCUGACGUACAUCCUGGGCGUGGCCUGGCUGGGGGUGUUUGGAUUUUCGGCCGUGCCGGUGUUCCUCUUCUACAACAUGUGGUCAACAUGUGCAGCCAUGCGGGCUCCCGUCACCAGUCUGCCCUCCAGCCUGCCCUCCAACGAGUCCAUCUGCGUGGACAUGCGGCAGUACGGAAUUAUCCCCUGGAACGCCACGCCGGGUGUUGCUUGCGGGUCGACGCUGCUUGAAAUUUGUAACUCCAGUGAGUUCUACCUGUCCUACCACCUGUACAUCGUAGCGUGUGCCGGAGCCGGGGCCACCGUCAUUGCUCUGAUCCACUACCUCAUGAUCCUCUCGGCGAAUUGGGCCUACCUAAAGGACGCGAGUCAUAUGCACGCGUACCAAGACAUCAAAUCGAAGGAGGAGCGGGAGCUGCAAGACAUCCAGUCGCGCUCCAAAGAAUGCCUCAAUUCCUACUCGUAAGGACUCAGGGUGUCCGGCCGGGAGAACGUCAGCGCAGACGGAACGAAAACCUGCCAGCAGCACUAACUAACCCGGCUCCUAACACACUAACCCUGUAACGCACCACGGCGCUUGUCUGCACUAACUGCCACGCCGUUCGCAGGGACUCACUUUUCUAUCGAUUACACCGUUUUCAUAAAAACAUAAAAACGUCACUUUUUGAACGCUUUUUUUUACUGUAGCCCUUUUUUAUGAUCCAGAAUUGCUGGUCAAACAUUGCACUACUCCAAACACGUAGGAAGGUCAGCUCGUCGAUGGGGACGAAUCUUUUCCCCCCCAAUUAUAAAAAAAAGAAAAACCUGAAAAAAGUACUUUGUGGUACCAAGUAAAUUAUUUUUAUUCAAACUAAAAUUUUUUAAUGAGCGAUUCUUUCAUUCGUUUUUACAGUUGAAUGAAACGAGUUCCGUUGCUUUUUACUAAGUAUUUUUUUAGGUUGAGCUGACAGUUUUUUGCCGUGUUCUUCUGUUUUCACCCCCAACUUUUCAAUUAAAAAUAAAAAUAAAAAUCAGCUCAAACGUAACGGAAUUUUGUUUUUCAUGCUGAUUUAAUUUUAGAAAUUUUUUCCACUUGGAAUUUUUUUUUAGCUUUACAGCUUUUCGCUUCGUGUCCUCGCGGUUUUGGUAAAUACUGUAUGUGGUUGGUCCACCGGUUUGUAGCCGUUUGCAUUGUAGGUUCCCACCAACCUUCAGGCCUGUUCUUAUAGGACCUUGUUUCAAACCACCCCCCCCCAAUAAAGAUCUCCAAACGUCUACCUCAGAAGUACCACAGUGACUGUAGAGAACCGUUUAGAGUUUUAAAGCUACGGAACAUUCGGUCUUCCAAGUGAUCUGUUAACGAAGUGAUUAUGAACUGAUCAAAACCACAAAUUCCAAAAUAAAAAUAGUUUGGGAGGUGAAAUGAUCUUAAAUCUACUCAACACAUCAGAUAUUGCUUAUUUUGAGAAAAUGAUUCUUGAUCGGUCGAGAAUUUUAGCUUGAAAGCUGUGAAAUUAUUUGGAAAUAAGAAAAAAAAUCACAAGUUAAAAAGUCAGUUACUCUUAUUUGAUAAGAAAUAUUGGAUAUGUUGACACACGUUAAGAUGAUCUCAUUCACUGGAAUCGUGGAACGUUCUUCACUAGUAGAAGCCAAAAGAACCCUAGAAAUUUUCUAUAUAUUUAAAAAAAAAAAAAAAAAAAAUUAAAUAUUUUCCAAAGUUUCCAAAAAAGUUCCUGGAUGUUUUUGAGCUUGGUGAAGGUUUUUGAAGAUGCAGUGAAGAAGAGAUGAGAUGAAGAACAAACAGCAUUUCUCCACUGAAACACACUUUUACACACUUUUUCUGAAGUUUUUAGAUUUUUUUUCCCCACUUUUUUGUAUCGUGCUUUAUCUUUGGACCUCCUGAUCCAGCAAAUCCGUCGAGAGUGUGAAUAUUAACCCUUUCUUUUUCCAAACAAGGGUGAAAGGCGUGUUCCAGAAGGCUGGUAGACGGUGUGUACAGGGAUAUUUUGAUGUGUAUGCGUUAUUGCAGUCGUUUAUUCUGACGUUUAUAGCAGGCAGCGUUUGCCUGGUUCCCUUUUUUAAACAAUGUUAUAUACUUUUUAUAAAUAGUACUAGUUUACGUAGAACUUUCUGAACUCUGUAUAAAACCACUUUUGUAACCUGAUAGUAUCUUCUUGGAUUUGGAGGGAUUACGGUAGUUUGUACUUUUGAUCACUAUUUGACGUGUUAUUGAUUUAAACACUGAUUUUAUGACGGCGUCCAUUGGGUACUUUUAUUCUGGACCUGGACACAGAAAAUCUGACGCUCUCUGCAGGUUCGACGAUCUGAAAAGCCUGACCAAAAUGUUUUUGUAUCUCUUUGAAAAUGCGGAGCUUCAAUGUGGAAACAUCAGACUUUAAGACGCUCCUCCAAAUGUAAAUACAUUGGUUAUUAAAAAUAAAAAGAAUUUGUAACCUGGAGAUUCACGGCUGUGGAGUCCUAAUGAGACAUUUAAUGAUGUUAUUAAAUAAACGUGCACAGCCAGUGGAGCCUGGCUCAGCUGUGGCUUCCUUAAAAAUUCAUUAACAAGCUGUUAAAUGUUUUUAUGGAAAAAUAAAAGGAAAAAUGUUGAAAA